ACCCAAAUUGGAACCCAAAGCCUCUCGUGCUCUUGCGGAGUGUAGCCACUUCCUAUUACAAACAUAGAAGCCCUAACUGUAAGUCUGCCCCUUUCUAUCUUCUCAACUAUCCUCUCGAGUCCUCCCCAUUGAGUAAAACCCUCAUAUACCAGAAACUUCUACAGAGAGCGAGUAAGCUUAAUCAAUAAUCACAUCUCCAUCUGAAAACUUUCGCCCCGUUUUUGCCGUCGCCUCUCUGGUUUCAGUCCCUUGAAAGCACCCUGUUUGUGUUAUGGGAGAUAGCGAGACCAUUACGGCACAAACAUCUGCUGUCUAUAAUGAUGCAAGUGCUGUUGGUGCUUCUGAUGUUGGUGGCUUCAUUGCUCCAGCUGCAGAGAACAUUGCUGGUUCCACUCCUGCUCCCGAUGCCCCAUCAGAAAAUAUGACCACACAAGAAACCCCUGCUGUAACAACUAAUGAUGAAAAUGAAAAUCUUGCCGGCCAUGGAAGUUCUUCUAUGGACGCUCAAAUUGCUGCUUAUGAGUCGUCGUUGAAUGUUAAUGGUGUUAGUGAAGCAGGGGAUGGAGCAAGUGAGGGUAUUACCGAAAAUGGUGUUGCUGCUUUGCAUCAGCCCUUGGAUGGUUCUGGCCUGAGUGCCGAAGAAGAAAGAUUAUGGAGCAUAGUAACGACUAAUUCGCUGGACUUUGAUGCCUGGACUGCAUUAAUCGAAGAAACAGAGAGAACGGCAGAGGGCAACAUUUUUAAAAUCCGAAAAGUUUAUGACACCUUUUUAGCGGAAUUUCCUCUAUGCUAUGGUUACUGGAAGAAGUAUGCUGAUCACGAGGCACGCCUCAGUUCAGUGGACAAGGUUGUGGAGGUGUAUGAACGAGCUGUUCAAGGAGUGACUUACUCUGUGGACAUGUGGCUUCAUUACUGUGUUUUUUCUACCAGCACUUAUGGAGAUCCCGAGACUAUAAGAGGGAUUUUUGAAAGAGGAUUAGCAUGCGUUGGAACUGAUUACUUGUGCUUCCCACUUUGGGACAAAUACAUCGAGUAUGAGAUGUCACAACAAGAUUGGCCUCGUGUUGCUACAAUUUAUACAAGGGUAUUGGAGAUACCAAACCAGCAGCUGGAUAGAUAUUUUGAAGGAUUUAAGGAGUUGGUUGCCAGUCGGCCUCUGUCUGAGUUGCGGACAUCUGAGGAAGCUGCUGCCCUGGCCGUUGCAGAGUCUGAAGCUGUAGCCCAAGAAAAUGAGGGAGAUGUUCCUUCUAGUGCCUCAAAGACUAUGAAUGCAAGCUUAAAAGAAGCUGAGGAGUUGGAGAAGUAUAUUGCUAUCAGAGAGGAGACAUAUAAAAAAGCAAAGGACUUCGAUUCAAAGAUCAUUGGUUUUGAGACAGCUAUCAGGAGGCCCUACUUUCAUGUGAGGCCCCUCAAUGUUGCAGAGCUCGAGAAUUGGCAUAACUAUCUUGAUUUUAUUGAAAGUGGAGAUGACCUCAAUAAGGCAGGAGGGUCCCUCCCUUCGUAUUUGAGGGGCCUCCCUUUUCCAUCAUCGGAGUACCCUUGUGCAUUUCUCUCAGUUGUUAAGCUAUAUGAAAGAUGUCUGAUAGCAUGUGCUAGAUACCCUGAAUACUGGAUUCGGUAUAUAUUAUGCAUGGAAGAUAGGGGCAGUACCGAGCUUGCCGAAAAUGCACUUGCCCGUGCCACUCAAGUCUUCGUAAAGAGGCAACCAGAGAUCCAUCUUUUUGCUGCCCGAUUUAAGGAAAAGCAUGGUGAUGUUACUGGAGCUCGCGCUGCUUAUCAACUUGUGCACACUGGAAUUUCACCUGGCCUUCUUGAAGCAAUUAUCAAACAUGCAAACAUGGAAACCCGACUUGGAAACUUGGAAGAUGCUUGUUCCUUAUAUGAGCAGGCAAUUGCAAUUGAGAAAGGGAAGGAGCAAUCACAGGCUCUGCCGUUGUUGUUUGCCCAGUAUUCGCGUUUUAUAUUCUUGGUUUCUGGCAAUGUUGAGAAGGCAAGGGAGAUACUUGUUCAAGGUGUGGAGAGUUCCCCAUUGUCGAAACCCCUUCUAGAGGCUAUGAUCCACUUAGAAUCAAUCCAGACACUUCCCAAGCAAAUCAAAUAUUUAGAUUCCCUGGUUGAUAAAUUCAUAGUUCCUAAUCCUGAGAAUCCUAGUAUUGCUAGUGUUGAUGAAAGAGAGGAGCUAUCAAACAUCUUCUUGGAGUUCUUGGAUCUCUUUGGAGAUGCUCAGACUAUCAUGAAGGCUGACAACCGGCAUGCAAAAUUGUUCUUGCACCGCAAAAGCACAUCAGAGUCCAAGAAGCGCCAUGCGGACGAGUAUUUAGCUUCUGACAGAAUGAAACUUGCAAAAUCAGUUAUUCCAACACCUGCUUCAGUGAUGGGUGCCUUUCCCAACAUGCAGAAUCAGUGGGGAGCAGCUGGUUAUGGUGCUCAGGCACAACAGUGGAACCCUGCCUAUGCCCAACAGGCUGCUUAUGGCGGUUAUGGAGCAAGUUACACACAUCCACAAGUAGCCGCAUCAGUGCCUCAAACUGCCACAUAUGGAACUUAUCCUCAGACUUAUCCAACGCAGGCUUUGCCCCAGCAGCAGGCUUACGUGCAGCCAGCAGCUGGUGCAACUUUGACCGCAGCUCAGCCGCCUGCUGCUGUACCUGCUGCAUAUUACCCUACUUACUACUGAGAAGGUAAUAUAGGCAAAAUCGAGACCAGUUUUGCAACGUUUUUUAACUGGAUUAGUGGUCGGAUUUAAGGACCAAUACUAUCAAUUUCAUGGAUGGGGUUUAAUUGUCAAAGUCUAUCUGAGGAUAUGUUUAAUCUAGGGAUCUAGCGUUUUCAAAUUGUAAGGAGCCAUCUUGUAAUUUUUUUUUUCUGUUUUUUUUUUUUUNCGUAAUCAUACUGUUGUGUGAGCUUUACUUUAUUGACAGAAC